CCUUAUUGGCUCAUUCUACCCCUGCUUCAAACGCAUUUCUUACUUCAUAGUACCUCUAAGACGCUUCUGCGAAGAAAGAAAAAUCAUUGUUUUGAGCUAGACCCACUUCCAAGCUUCGACUUUUACUCGAAGCUAUUGGUAGAUGGAAUCCACAAGCUCCAAAGUCAAUGUUCCAAACUCUAGACAAUUAUCUAAGCAGCUUUUGUUUGACCGCCGCUAUGGAUGGGUAAUUGAUGAGUGGAAAGACCCAGCAGAGGAAGCACUUGAUGGAGGCCGAGGAAUGUUUUGCAUAUUGCCACUUGCCAAAGCUUUGGUGCAUAAGGCCUCACAAUCGAUAAAUUGUGCAGUAAUCUCAGUCAAAAAAGCUUCAGAGAAGCCCGAGUUGUUUUCCCAUCAGAUGCUGCAGAGUGCUUUAGAUGACGGUGUUAAGAGUUUUAUGACAUCUUUAAAAAACGUUGGGAGUAAAGGUUUCAUCCUCAACAAGAAUUCUCAAUCACAAGCUUUCAAUAACCCUUCCCACUCACUUACAGGAAGCAAUGAAUGAUGAAGGGAACAAAGUUAACUUGUCAUAAAAAGUUUGUGUUCUAUUUAAUGUAACUAUGCUAAAUUUUCCUUAUCAUAAUUGUCAUGAUGUAGAAUUGUAGUUGAUUCAGAGGAAUUUUUUAUUUACAUUUUAUGCAUACAAUGCAAUUUGUCAUCCAUACUCCUAUCUAUUCACUGAUAAUAAUAAAAAAAUACUCCUAA